AUGGCUUUCUCCGUCUCGGAGGGGUGCGGGAAGAGGUGGAGUUACGCACCAGUCCGCGGAGUCUCGUUUCUCUUGGCCUUCGCUGCCGGGCCCGGGCUGUGGAGGUGGCUUCUUCGCAAACGUGAGGGAUGGCACUUCCUCGGUUUCCUCACCGCUUCGUACCGUGCAACGCACCAGGCGUGGGAGGCCAAUCGCCUGACGAAGAACAUGGCCUUGGCGAUCAUCGUCGCAGCGUCUCCAGUGACGUACUGCUCGGGACAGCUGUUCACUAUCGCGGUUUGCAUCAUGUUCUUCUACACCGUCUACCACGUCAGGACCCACCCGUACAGGCUGAAUUUCCUGAAUUCCGUCGAGACCACAUCCCUAAUGGUUCUGACCACCUCCAUGGCGUUGUCUGGCUUACUCGUCAGCCCGACGUGGUACAUCACCGAGAGCUUCGGGCAGGCACUCCCGUGCGUGGUGUUCGCCCUGCUUCUAACGAAUUGUCUUCUUCCUCAUGGCGGUCUUGGCGUGGGCCAAGUUCAUGUUGACGGACGAUCAUGCAAUCUUCACUGA